UGUCUAUAAUUAUCAAUUUCUGUCUGUAUUUCAAUAUGUAUAAAUGUGUGUAUGCAUAAUGUACUGUAUUUCUGUGCAUGUAUUUUUCUAUUGUAGUAUAGUAUCAAUGAUUUGUGUAACAAAUACUUCUACAUAGAAGGAAAGAAACUUUAUUAACGUGCGACUAACCACUGCAAGUUCAUACUCGUCCAUCUUGGGGGACAACCUCUGGUAUUGUCUGAAGUCUUGCAUGAGUGAAUGACCUCUAUACGUUUGUCAGUUUCCAGCUGUAGUACAAGAUGGCGGCAGGUCUACGAGUAAUGCGAGGAAGUGAUUGGCUAUCGGAUGACGCUGACGGGGGUGAAGGUCAUCUCGGAACGGUGGUGUCAUAUUGGGAAGAUGAAACAGCCGAAGUGAUCUGGGACAAUGGAAAAAAAACUCUGUCGAGCAUUGGGAAGGACAGCAAAUACGAGCUGAGGGUUGUAGACAAUGCUCCUGUAGGAAUUCGCCAUCAGAAUAUCGUCUGUGGUAGUUGCGAAGAGGUUAAUAUGAUUGGCAUGCGAUGGUCAUGUGAUAAAUGUACCGAUUACGAUUUGUGCUCUUUGUGCUACUUCACGGGAAAGCAUGACCUCUCUCAUGAGUUCAAGCGUCGUGACACGGGCCAAUCUACGGGGUAAAUUGCAUUAGUUACUUAAUGAAGAAAAACGUAUUUUAAAAACACACUAUAAAUCAUGAAAGCAUAUACCUUUAGAACA